UCAUUUACUUCCAGGGAUUGGCUUGAUAUUAACAAGAAAUACCCAUAUAAAGUGCAACCUGGGCAAUGUCGAUAUGCCAUAGAAGAUGGUGGAUCUGAAGAUGUUAUACACAUCGGUGACAGCAUAAUACUUAUUUCUUCCGGAUUUGAAUUUGGGGCAACAAGUGGGAAAAUAAAAAGUCUGAAUUUGAAUACAAGCGAAGUGAUAACUAUGCAAAUACGGAAGGAACCGAAAAGAGAAGAAUUCCUAGCAGGAAUCCAUGGCAUUACGUACUGGAGAAAUCCAAAGUCAGGAAAGUUGUUUUUGUAUGCGCUGACACACCCCUCAAAAGAAGACAGAAUAGAAGUAUUUGAGAUGUCAAGCCCGACGGAACUUACAUAUAUUCGGACAAUCACAGACCCCUUAUUUACGUAUAUGAACAACCUUAUUGCAGUUGGAAAGGACAAGUUUUAUAUCACCAAGUUUUGGCAGAGUCGGGAUAAAUACAUGCAGUAUGCAGAGGUGAUGCUUCGAAUGAAGACAGGUGGAGUAUUGUAUUAUGAUGGGAAGAAAGCUCGCCAGGUGGUCGGUGAUCUAGAAAUGCCGAAUGGCAUCAAUAUAUCACCUGAUGGAAAAACCGUCUAUGUAGCAGAGUUUAACGCGAAGAAACUCCUAGGUUACAGCAGGGACAACACAAACAAUCUUCAAAAAUCUUGGGAAGUGUAUGCAGACACUAUGGUGGACAAUAUUGAAGUUGACCCUGCAUCUGGAGAUCUCUAUGUAGCGUGUCACCCGAUCGCUUAUAAGAUAACGGACACUAUUCUUAAUAUUUUUGGGUUUACCCUUUACCCAUCCCAGGUACUCCGAUUUAAGAUGCGUGACAACAUGGUCUCCGAAAUAGAAGAGAUAUACGCGGAUGAUGGUUCUGAACUGGUAGCAUCUACAGGGGCCACUUAUGUGAACGGAAAACUUGUUAUUGGAACGGUGAGAGACCAGCUGAUGGUGUGUGACGUGAAUUAUCUCUCAGAAUGAAUAUGAUAAACUUAUACGACAUACCGUGUUCAGCAUUCAUGCAGUACAUCGAACUCAGAAGUACUCAGAAGAUGUAGAAGAUUUCACUUUAGUGAUUAUUGAAAUUGCUGAUACACGAAACGAAUUGUAAAAAUCAUAUUUU